CAAGUCAGACAAAUAGUGAACUCCACAGCACGCGCUGACGUCCGUAACCGAAAAAAUACACCUGUCGAGACAUCAUUUUUGCUACUUUUACUUUAUCCGCGCUUUUCGGUUACACGGUUCCCUCUCCCGGUGUCCGCCGGGCGAAGGAUGGGCACAGCGGAUCUUUCUUUUUGCACUACCUUAUCCAGAAACAACCCCUCCCUGGAUGGAGUCGCAACGCCCAGGCGUGACGUAGGCUGUUUCGUUGGUGUUGAAAAGCCGUUGCAGUUCUUCAUAGUGCCAUUGAAGUGAGUCAUCUCUAGGUAGUGUGGUAAAAAGGAAAAGAAAAAAAAAAGAAAAAAAAAACUUCGAAGUGUUCCGCGAACAGCAGAGAGCGCAGAUAGAGUGUGAAGUAGGCAAGGCGACGGAAAAUAUUCAGAAGAUUAGACAGACUAUAGGCUUUAAAGCGAAUGUUAACCUGCGUGAGUCACUCUCUAACUACAGGUUCACUUGUCUCCACUGGAUCUGACUGCUGAACGUGUGCUACUGACUUAACGUUGAAGUUUGCACACCUGAGAGGAUCUGAAACAGUGUAGUGUAGGUUUACCUGCGGCUCAAGCACAAUAAGAAGCAGCCUUUAAAAAGUAACGCUAACACACUAAAAUAUUUACCCCAAGUUGCAAUAUCUGUAAGAUGUUUUAGGUUUAGUUUAGAGGAGCAUUAAUUGCACUUUGUUUUUGCCAACUCUUCUGGAUAUCCCAAAUUAACAACGUCUCGAGUCAGAGGAUUUUUCUAUUGGUGCUUUUUUUUUUUAUCAGCGAGGAAUUUUAAGAAAAGGUUUCAGAGCUCAAACAUUCUACUGAAAUCUUACUCUUUCCUGGAUCAUGUACCAGGACUACUCCGGGAACUACGACACCUCGUCCCGCGGAAGCAGCACCUCUCCGGCCCAGCCAGAGUCCUUCACAAGCGGCAGCAGCACGAUCGGAAGUCCGAUCUCUACCUCAAGCUACCAGAAGUACAGGGUUGACAUGCCCGGCUCCAACAGUGCCUUCAUACCCACCAUCAAUGCAAUCACAACCAGCCAAGACCUGCAGUGGAUGGUGCAACCCACGGUCAUCACCUCUAUGUCCAACCCUUACUCGCGGUCCCACCCGUACGGCCAUCACCUGACCAACGGGCCGGGGCUGCUGGGGCACAACACACUGGCUCGGCCCGGCGUCAUCCGCUCCAUCGGGGACGCCAGAGGCCGACGCAAGAGGGAUGAACAGCUCACCCCGGAGGAAGAGGAAAAGAGGAGGGUGAGGCGUGAGAGGAAUAAGUUAGCCGCCGCCAAAUGCCGCAACCGUAGACGCGAGCUCACCGAGAUGCUGCAAGGGGAGACUGAGAAGCUGGAGGAGGAGAAAGCCGACCUGCAGAAGGAGAUCGAGAGCCUGCAGAAGGAGAAAGACAAGCUGGAGUUCAUGCUGGUCGCCCACAAUCCCGUGUGCAAGCUGCCCAUUGAGGAUCGCCACCAGUCGUCAGGCCACCAGCAGCACCAGCAGCACCAGCAGCACCAGCAGCACCAGCAGCACCAGCAGCACCAGCAGCAAUGUACCCCGCUCCCCCUGACCAUGCGCCCCAACAUGGGCACCCGGGCUCAGAUGAACCAGGUGGUGGUGAAGCAAGAGCCAGAGGACAACGAGGAUGACGUGGGCAAGCCUCAGCGCUCCGUCAUCAAGCCCAUCUGCCUGGGUGGCGGGGGUGUCAGCGGUGGGAUAUACUGCACAGAUGGAGACAGCCUGAACACACCGGUGGUGGCAGCGUCCACCCCGGCCGCCACACCCAGCGCCCCAAAUCUCAUAUUCACCUACCCGAGCAUGCUGGAGCCCGAGAGCCCAUCGCCCUCCUCUGAGUCCUGCUCCAAGGCCCACCGGCGCAGCAGCAGCAGCGGCGACCAGUCCUCAGACUCCCUCAACUCACCCACCCUCCUGGCCCUCUGAGCGAGGUGCUCGGCUCGGCGCAGCUGAGAAAUGAACACUGUGGCUGAAGGCAAGUACAAGGAUUGACUGGGCCCACCCCACCCCCAACCCCCCCCCACCCCAUCCCACCCCUCCAGUGUCUUUUAAAGACCCAAAAGCACAUUCAAAAGUCCAGACCAAGCUGACCAUGUGAGCCGUUUCCCCCUACACAGGGAGACCCACAAGGGCUACGCUGCGUGUUUCUUCUUGUUCUGCUUCAGUGUAAAUUUUUUUAUUUGUAAAAGUGUGUGCACCAAUCCUAAAAAGUGUCAUCCCUUCGCCAUUUCAACUCGAGUGUCAACUUGUUUACUGGGCAGACAGUUCUGAAAGAAAGACAUGCCUAAAUGUGGCAAUUGUGAGUUGGUGUGACUAAGACUAGAGAUCGCGUUCUUAAUAUAUUUUUCUGAAUCUGUUUAAAAAGCCAUGCUGACACUUGCACUCCGCCAAGACGAAUCAAUAAAUCACUCAACGAGGUCAGCAUUUUACUGGAUUUUCUGAGGAGAGAAAGAGACAGUGAGCAAAGACUUCCUCUCCUCUUUUUUCCACUUAGAUUUGUCCUUUCAUAACUUGGACCUUGAUUCAGGAAUUGCUAUCGAGAGUGUGUACACAUUUCUGAUGUUAUUCCCAUCUCUUUAAUUGUAUUUAUGGACUGUGCUGAUUAAAUUUUACAAAGUGUUUUGUUGAGAUAUCGUCCUCUCCUUAAUCUGCCUGUAGAAAAGCAAAGUUGUCGCCUACAGGGUGACUUAAGCACUCCUCAGUGUUGCAAACGAUACGAGCCAACUUUCAAUCAAUGACUAGUUCCUCAAUACUCUAUACCUUCUAUUUUGCCAUAGUGGCUUGACUUUACAGUAGUAUUGGUGUGCUUUUCCUCAGUGAUUCUGUACCUGAACUUUACAACCUGUUUAUGACAAAGUGUAUGUGAUUUACAUUGAUGUCGGGGAUAUCUCUCUGGUGUAGUGGAAACCCCAUCGUGAAGAGCAUUGCAGGACUGCAGGCUGUUGAAUGGUCGAGCCAAAGUGUUGCAGAGUUGGUACUAUACGUGUAGGGACGAUAGACUUCAUCACUUCAUUGUGUCACAUCGAGAAAAGGUUUCUCUUUUUAGCUCAGACAUAAAGGUUUGAACGGAACCCUCCCUCCACUGGAUCCUGCACUUCUUUGUUUCGUACACUCUCUAAAUAAAGGUCUUAUCUUUUUUCAACACCGCCUCUCAGGGCAGGUCAGGUUUCAAAAAGCCAAAAAGGUUUGUAUGACACAUGUAAUCCUGUAAUUCGUCCGUCUUUGUCUAAAAGGAGGGAUUUUGCUCAAAUUUGAAAAAAGCCACUGUGGUCUAGACUGUCGCCAGCUGCCAAUGAUGUCAACCCUGUUUAUACUGUGUUUGUAAAUCUGUCACUUUUAGUAAAGAAAUGAUGUUUAAAUUCAACUCAGAUGAUUUAUGGGUGUAUGAACAUAUGCCAACUUGGAGGUACUCAGUAGAAACUUAGUGGACGCCUUGUCGGCUUUAAACAAGGGCCAGACACGGUUCACUUUUUGACUAUAAGGAAGGGAUAAGACUCUCUCUACAGCUGGCCUGAGAUGAAAGAGGGGACACCUUGAGAAGAUGUAAUAUUUUGGAGGUUUUAUGAAGCACUUCUUUUUUUUUUCCUUUUUUUUUUGUUGUUAUUUUUACAUGUGUGUAUCUUAAAGGGAUGAGGGAUUUCAAUACCGUGCACUGAGAAGGACACAGGAACAGCGAUAUUUGGGACCUUUUUUUUUUUUGUUUACUUCAAACAUUCCUAAUGAAUAUAAUGUCAGGGGUUGAAGGGGGUGUCAUCUUUGUUGGAACCCUUUUUGUUAUCAGAGGAGUAAAAGCUGUGGUUGGAAGACUUUUGUUUGCGCUGGAUGCAGAAAACAGACUUUGAAAUUCAAUGCAAGCUGCUACUACUUGUUUGGAAAAACCAUGUCGGCUGUUUAUAUUUCACUGAUGUUGGGUUUAGCAUCACUGGCUGUAAUAUCAUGUGAUGCAACAGGGCAUCUUUGAUCCUGUUUGACAACAUAAAGAGGUGAAAUGAUAACCAAAAACAUUACUGUGGGCAAGUCUGAUACGUCUGUAUGUUGAGAUAUUCUGAAGCCCCUCGACACACAUAGGAAAGCCAUUGACUGUAGAUCUUCUACUGUACAUGUCAUCUACUGUCUGUCGCCUGUUUUCAACUAACUAUUUCUUCUUUUCCAAAUGCUUUAACUGUUAAAAAUGACUCAAAAUUAAUAAAAACAGCAAUAUGUAUAGCAGUGUUUGUUAAUUUAAAUGAAUAAUAAUAAAAAAUCAUUUUCAACUUGGAA